AUGGCUAGCCAUAUUAUUGGAAAUAGAAACAGCACUCCCGAAGCCUCGAAAUCCUCGCUCCGACCUCCAUCAUCCCGCACUCUUGGUGGUGGUUCCCAUCAAUUGCGUGCCUCCGCAGACAUGUCAUCGUUUGCUUCUCCUCUCUCUGCCAGGGGGAUUCGCCCUUCCUCAGAAGUCUUCUACAAUCAGCAAUCGCAUGCUCAGAACAGCGAUGACAUGGACAAAGCUGCCCAGCAGUGGAUUGCUGAUAUUGACCAGUAUGAGACUACCUUGGAGGAGAUGGCUGCCGCCACCUUGGAUCAGGAUUUCAAAGAUGAACUGAGCGCUAUUGAACAAUGGUUCUGUGUUCUCAGUGAAGCUGAGAGAACCGCUGCUCUUUAUGCUCUGCUCCAGCAAACUACUCAAGUCCAGAUCCGCUUUUUCAUACAGGUUCUUCAGCAGAUGUCCAAGAGCCACCCCAUGUCUAGCGUCCUGUCCCCUGCCAACUUUGGUGAAAAAGAUCCUAUGAACAACCGCCUCACCGAUGCAAUGUCAAAAUUGAACGUUGAGAGCUCUCGCAAUUCCUUUGGCCGCCCCCCGCCUUCUCCUGGGAACAAGCGUAACUCAGCGCUAGAUUCAUCAACAAUCAAUGCCAUGUUUCCAGAUGCUGCUGCAGCCAUCGCGAAACAGAAGGCUGAGUUUACACAGCAGACUGGAGCCGUCCCCGCCUCGAGUCGAAAUAGUGCUGCUUUUGCGGACCGUUCCUCCCUGAUCGCGCCGACCAUCUCUGCUCCGGAUAGUGGCAAAGACAAUUUAGCUCAACAGCCGACAUCUCCUUGGGCUCAACGUGCACCCGAGCCUCAGCCUCCCAUUGCUCGACCAAAAUCAUCUUCCGAACAACAGCAUCAGCAGCCCAUGGGCCAAUUCGCUCAACCGCCUCAGUCGGCAGGGCUACGUUCCCCCCGGCCCCUGGGUCAAGGCUCAACCAAUAUCCAGCACACCACAAUUGCUGCUCCGGAUUUUCCAUCAGAGCCUCCAUUAUUUUCUCCCUAUAACAUGGGAAAUGCUAGCUGGGCAUCAAUGACAAACACCCCGAGCGUACCGACAUUUAAUCACCAACAAAAUGCCUCACAGCAUUCGGAAAUGAUUGCCAAUGCCACUGCGAUGAAGCUGGCCGCUAUGUCCACCGUCAAUAAUCGUAUUGCACUAGACGAUGCACGAAAAUAUCGUCGUGCGCGGUCUAAUGAUGUGCAAGGCAAAAAUAUAAAUGCUAACCAGCAGCCUCUUUCUCCUGGACUUCAUAACAACAAUAUCCCAGGAACAAAUCUCAUCAUGGUGAAUGAUGUUGGUCAGAUUUUGAAUGCUCAACAAAUUGCGGCGUUACAGGCUCAGCAGCAAGCUGCUAUGGCUGGUCGUCGAUCUCGACCCAACUCCCCAGGGAUUGCAAUGCAAGGAGGCAUGGGACACCUGAGUUUUGCUUCCCCCCAGAACAACGGAUUCCUCGCAGCCUAUGAUACGAGUUCAUUAUUGAAUAACAGCUUUGCUGGGCUCAAUCUUGGCCAUUUCACUGGUAACCAUGAGGGUUAUCUUUCUGACUAUUCUGAGAUGACACGGGGUCGAUCUCCGCGCGGGAGACGAGGAAGCUCCAAGCCACCAGAAGAUCCAACUGAUCCUCAUCUACUCCAAGAUGUCCCCAGCUGGCUUAGAUCUCUUCGUCUUCACAAGUAUACCGAAAACCUUAAGGAUCUUAAGUGGACUGAGUUAAUCGAAUUAAAUGACAAAGGACUAGAAGAGCGUGGUGUUUUUGAGCAAGUCAAAGACGCCAAGGCAGAAGGAAAGUUGGAUUCCGUUCUUUAA